CUUCUUAAGCUGCACUUGUCAGCUGUUGGGUACACCGCGUGGUUUAACUGAGUAAAAUUUGUUAAAUUUUGAACUGCAAUAACAUGAGUGACGAUGAAGAGCACUACAAUCCGCAGUCACACAAGAAGCUACUGCAGGCUAUCAGUAGUCGCGGCAACGUCCAGCAUAUACAGCGUUCCACACGUGAUGAACGCCAACCAGUACAGGAUGAGUUCCAGUUGGUCAAGUCAUCGAAUGCGUCGUCGUCGGCAAAUGUUGAUGAGCCACGAGCUGUGGGCCUUAACGACCUAGUCCAGAUUCUUCGAACCUCAUCCAAGCAUUUGGAUACAGGGAAAAAGCUAAAGAAUGUCCAAAGCACUAAGAAAGUGCUGCAGAAACCAUUGGAGAAGCCAGCAGCGGAUCGCAUAAAGCGAACAAUUGGUUAUGAAGGAGUCAGCAAGAAACUUGGUCGUUGGGAUGCUGUCGUAUCCAAACAGCGUUCAGCAGAAACACAGAUAUUUCCCAUACCCUCGGAGACCAUCUACGUAAACACCUCUGCCCAUGCCAAGCCUCUUAAGACCAGCAUUAAAUCGGAUCUGGCCAAGGAGCUCGAAGAAAGUAAUCAGAGACUUCGUGAAUUAAGAAAGAAACAAAUUGGUGAUAUGACUGAUGAUAAGUUACUGGCCCAGCAGGAGAGGGCCUUGUUAGAGAAGAAGUUGACAAGAGAUGAGUUAUUUGCACGCCGCAAGGAGUUGGCCUAUCUGAAGAUGCGUGAAUCCCAAAAAUCUGCCAAGGCUAGAAUGCAGAAAAAGAUCAAAUCCAAAAAGUAUCAUAAACUGCAAAAACGUCAGAAAAUGCUGGAACAGAUUAAAGAAUUUGAAUUGCUGCAAAAGACCAAUCCAGAAGCGGCUCUCGAGAAACUCGAGGCUUUGGAAAAAAGCCGAGUGAAGGAAAGAGCUAGCCUGCGACAUAAAAACACUGGAACUUGGGCCAAGAAUUUGCAAGUGCGGGCCAAAUAUGACAGAGAGGUGCGUAAGGAUUUAGCCGAACAGUUGGCAGUAAGUCGCCAAUUAACGCAAAAACAACACGAUUCCGAAAGUGAAGAGGAUCAGGAAUCAAACACAUUGAAACUGGACGAGCAAGACAAGCUUUUGGAUAAUGAUCCAUUUAAUCCCUGGACCAAAGUCAAGUCAAAAGGCAAAACCAACACAAAUGAAGAAGAAACCGAUGAUCCAAAUUGGCGUAAAUACUGGACUGAACGAAAUGAAACCAAUAAAUUACUAGCACAGCAUCGUGAAGAUAUUCAGGAACUAAAAGAAACUAAGAAAGAAACCAAAACUGCCAAAACUACUCCCAAAGCAAAGAAAAGUUCUCUAAAGAUCAAAAAAGCAAAAGUAACUGUACAAAAUGGAUGGAAGGUAGAGAAGUUAAGUAAAGAUGCCACCUUGGAGGAAAUUUUCGAACAGCAUGGAGAUAUAUUGAAAGAAAAAGUAGGCAAAAAAUUAGAAAAACUAAGAAAGCAAGCAGACAAACUCAAGGAAACGCCAGCAAAGGGCAAGCAAUUGAAGAAAAAGAAGGAUGCAUUAAAAAAUCUUAAGGAUUUGACAUUCAAAAACACUAAACAACGCAUCGAAAUUGAUGAACCUCUCAAUAGUGAAGAUAUAGAAACAAAAACUGGUGAAAUAAAUCCAAAAUCCAAUGUAUCAGAAGAGGCUGAAAUAGUAGAGAAAUCCUCCGCCGUCAUUGAAUCAAUAGAUCCCACGAAAGUGACAACUUUGAAUUGGACACAAGCAUCGCGAGGCCGACUAAAUGAUGCUCUGGGAGAUGGAGAACUAGAAGCCGAUUUCGACGAAGAAGAUUAUACUAAUGCAGAUCGUCAACUUACUCUAACUGAGGCCUUCGAAGACGAUGAUAUUAUAGCAGAUUUUAAUAAGGACAAGGAAAAAGAUUCGGAACUGAAGAACACAGAGCUCCAAUUGGCCAUGCCGGGCUGGGGCUCAUGGGCUGGCGCAGGCAUAUCCGCCGAGGUAAUGGAGCGCCGCAAUAAACGCCUCCUGCUGAAACUUGCUGUACCCGAGAAGCGACGUGACGAGAACAAGGAUAAUUUAUACAUCAAUGAGACAAGUAGUAAAGAUACCCGUUCACAUUUGGUCUCUUCGGUGCCAUUCCCGUUCAGAUCCCUGGCUGAUUAUGAGGCUAGCAUACGAGCUCCAAUUGGUCGGAACUUUGUACCGGAAACGGCUUUCAGAAUGUUAACGCGUCCCGCUGUAAUUACACGCAAGGGCCAGGUCAUUGAGCCGAUGGAUGAGAGUGAACUCAUAAAACCGGAUCGUCGUCUCAGACAUAUUGUGGAUAGGAGAAUAAAACAUCUGCCCAAACAUAAGCCGCUACCACCUAAAGCUAAAAUAGCUUAAGAAAGUACUCAAAUAAUCAAACAAUUAAUAAUGUAGGUACAAAGAUCUACCGUAGUUUUUGUUUUGGUUAUUUUGUAUAAUACUUUGACCCUAUU